GACGCGAGCUCCACUGACGCACCGUUGAGGCCUCCGUGACAAGCACCCAUCACGAUGUCCAGCAGCUGGCUUUUCACCGUCGCUGUAAGCGUCACGCUGGUGUCGUCGGCACUGUCUCAGUGCGUGACGUACGGCUACUGCGGCAAGGACGAGGACUCCGGCAAGCCGCUGCCAUGCGCGGUCAAGCGUGAUCCGGUCCCCAUCGAGAGUAGCAUCCUCAAGGACGCGUGUCCCGCGCUGAUCGAUUCUUCGGGCAAGUCCGUGCCUGCCUGCUGCGACGCGAAGCAGGCGGCGGCGUUCAAGUCUGAGUUGAAGAGCCUCCUAAACCUCGGUGUUAAGAAAACAGGCCCGUGCUUCCGCAACUUCCAGAACCUCGUCUGCCAGGCGUUCUGCUCGCCCAAGCAGUCCGAAUUCGUCGCCAUCAAUGGCACCAGCAGCGAGGGAAGCGACCAACCCUCGGCCACGGAAUCGGUCUACGCAGUGCACAAGACGUUCGCCGAAAAAGUGUACGAUUCCUGCAAGGGCGUCCGCACCAUCAUCUUCUGGACCAAGCUGAUGUCGUACAUGUGCGGGAAGCACGGCGCCAGCGGCUGCUCGGCCCAGCGCUUCCUCGACUUCGUGGGCUCCACCUACUCGGAGGGCGGCUACUCGCCCAUCAAGAUCCGCCACGUUCUCACCGAGGGCCCGAUUACGGUAGCCGGCCAGAAACUGGAGCCUUUCAACCCCAAGUUUCUCUGAUUUCGCGAUAAGACGUGGCAGGGACUCUAUUACCAAUGGUUGAAGCAAUAAAUUAUUACUUGAACAAGCA